ACGGGUUACUUCAGAAGAAAGAUAAAAAUUAUAAGGGUAGCUCAAUUGGUAAAAGUCGUAAAACGCUAGCUGUUGUUAAUCUAUAGUAAUCAAACUAAACACCGUAAGAGUAAUUAGCGCCCAGACGACUUGGUAAGAGCGUAAUAUCGUGAUUAACAACAUUUACAAGAAAAAGAAAGAAGCAACAAGGCAGGAAACAUCGAAGGGAGGAGUGAAAAAGAAUGAGCGGGGAAGGGUUACCGACGAAGGAGGCAAACGUGCUGAAGGGACACGAAGGCGCAGUUUUAGCAGCCCGCUUCAACGCCGACGGUAAUUAUUGUCUGAGUUGCGGCAAAGACCGUACCAUUCGCCUUUGGAAUCCUCACCGUGGUAUUCACAUCAAAUCCUACAAAUCUCACGGUCGUGAAGUUCGCGAUGUCCAUGUCACCCCGGACAACUCAAAGAUUGUCUCAUGUGGCGGUGACCGUCAAAUAUUUUACUGGGAUGUAUCUACUGGCCGGGUUAUUCGCAAAUUCCGUGGACAUGAUAGUGAGGUAAAUGCGGUGAAGUUCAAUGAGUAUUCAUCUGUUGUUGUAUCAGCUGGGUAUGAUCGUUCUGUGCGUGCUUGGGAUUGUAGAUCUCAUAAUACUGAACCAAUUCAGAUCAUUGACACUUUUCAAGACAGUGUUAUGUCAGUAUGCUUGACGAGUGGUGAAAUUAUUGCUGGAAGCGUUGAUGGGACUGUCCGAACAUUUGAUAUUCGCAUCGGUAGGGAACUAUCUGAUAACUUAGGACAACCUGUCAACUGUAUAUCAUUGUCAAAUGAUGGUAACUGCACAUUGGCCAGUUGUCUAGAUUCUACUUUACGUCUUCUUGACAGGACUUCUGGGGAGCUACUUCAAGAAUACAAAGGCCAUGUGUGCAAGUCAUACAAAUUGGACUGCUGCCUGACUAAUAGUGAUGCUUAUGUGGCUGGUGGUUCGGAGGAUGGCUAUGUUUUCUUCUGGGAUUUGGUGGAUGCUUCUGUGGCUUCAAGAUUUCGUGCUCAUGCCUCAGUGGUUACAAGUGUAAGCUAUCAUCCGAAGGACGACUGUAUGAUAACUGCCUCUGUUGAUGGAACCAUCCGUGUCUGGAAAACAUGAGAAAGAUCAUGACAACACUGACUCCAAUCAUUACUUGGCCCUUUGAUCCUUAUAUGUGCUGCUGGAACUCCAUGAUCGUGUCCAUUCACAUCUUUGAGAAGAUCACAAGAUCCAACAAAGUCCAGUUUUCCUGACCCUAUAAUUAUCUGUUCUUGGAUACUCGGUGUUGAGUUCUGAUCUAGUGCAGCGGUUCGUGUAGUACAAACUCCCCAUUGUUUUUACCGGAUUAUUAUGAUGAAGUGAAAUAGACGAGCAUCCCCUAUAAAGGACUACUGAAUCGUCCCUUAAUCUCUAUUACUUUGUAAUUGUAGGAAGCAUUAUAACUUGUACACAAUGUUCAUCACACUCAAGAGUAAGAAAAAAGAAAUGGCAUUGGACUUUUUGGUCAA